AUGUCUUUAGCUGUGAUGGGAGGAUUCGAGACGAACUACGGAGCCUCCUUGUUUAUGUGUACAUUUUAUAUCUCGUUGGGUUCAUUAUCAUUGCCAUUGAAUAUUUUAAAUAUUAUUGCCUACGGUCGAAGCACGAUUCGCCACAAAUACCUCUAUCAGGUCUCCUACGAGUCUUUCGAAAUUUUCGAUAGCUUAAGUCUUCUUCUCACUGGAAUCGGUCGUGGCACAGCUUUAUGGGGCGGCUAUCUCUAUACGAAUAUCACCGUAAACGAUUGCUUUUUCAAGACAUAUUGGGUGCAUACAUUGGACAUCGGCAUUGAAUGGCCGUGUUGGAUGGUUAUCUUGAUGUCAAUUGAAAGGAUUUGCGCUGCCACGUCGCCCGUCAUCUACAAGAAGUAUUUCUCUGGGUACACGAAGCUAUACUUCGUCAUUUUUGUUGUCCUGGCCGGAUUGUUAUCCCUCGCAGCUGGUGGGAUCUCGGCUUGGGGCGAUGAAACGAUCAACACUUCUCGCCAUUGUGCUAUCAUUACCUCGACUGGGACAGCCUACUCCACUUUCCACUACACUUGGGUGAUCUUUGCUUAUAUUUUCUCAUUUCUUUCACUGCUCGCCGUUUAUUGUGCUUCAACGAAAGUGUCGGCGAGUACGAAUAGAAAUGAUCGAGACAAAAAGUUCUUUAUCAUGAUGGUCAUGUGUUUCAUUUCAAUUCUUUUUGUGUCUGGACCAUCGGUGGUUUUGGUGGGAAUCAAAUGGAACGCCUGGGAAGUGAGCGAUGUCGUAGUGGCCAUUGUGACAGGGAUGCCGGGUUUUCUCACAAUCAUCAACAUGUUCAUCAAUUUUCGAUAUCGAAAAGACUACCGAGAGUCGUUUCUGCUAAUAUUUUGUUGGAAUCGCAAACGAGCUACAGCCCCAACAGUCACGAAUUUCUCCGUUUCCCCCGCCACUUUCCGAACUCUUCAAUCCGUUCAUCAAUCAAAAAUCGCAUUUUCGAUGGCUCGGAUAUCAGAA